AUGGACAAUAAACACCAUGCUUCGCCACCAACUUCAAAACCAAAGAACAAGAACAAGCUCUUGAAGAUGCUUCCCAAAGCUAUGUCGUUCGGACAACGUCGUGUACCGCCGUUUAGUCCCGGAAAAGAUCUCCAUAAUGCCACGUCAUCCUCCAACAACAAGUCUUUCUCCGGUCCUAUGGUCUUGGUCCCUAACGCCGCUCGUGUGAGGAGAAACAAAACCGACGACGCCGUUUGGGACGAGCCAACUUCACCUAAAGUCUCUUGCAUCGGUCAGAUCAAGCUCGUUAAAUCAAAACGCUCCUCCCCUAAGAAAAACCCUAAAACAUCUUCUUUAACCAAAGAAGAUGAUCAUAAAGGUCGUCUCUCUAAGUUCAAGCGUCUCUUCUCGUUUCCCUCUACGGCUGGAGGUAACACGUCAAGAAAAUCACAUCCCGUUGCCGUGGCUGAGCAUCCUGUUACGGUGGUGCCGUCUUUAGGUCAGAUGAAGAAGUUUGCGAGCGGCCGUGACGCUUUAGGAAGGUUUGAGAUGAAACGUGAGGAAGAGUACUCUCCGGCUGAUGAUCAUGGCCGUGGUUACUAUUCCGAUGAUGAGAGGAGAGGAGAUUACUUGAGAGAGGACAAGGAAGAGGAAGGAGAUGACGUAAAAAUUCCGUUCUCAGCUCCGUUGAGUUUGACGGCGAAGAAUGAAGUUAACUUGUGGAAGAGAAGAACCAUGGAUCCACCAAAACCACUUCAUCUUCAUACCUCUUGA